AUGUUUCCCUCGUCGCCACUACCGACACGUACACCUACAUUGGCGUCAUGGUCGAAAUCAUCAACGAGGGGCUCCCUCGCGCUUGCCUGGGUCAUCAUCGGCGACAAGACCUCGCGGAGUCUGGCCCAACGCCUGGCCCUCGCGCACACCCUGAUUCUCAUACAGUCUGUCCUCGGCCUUGUGAUGAGUGUCGCGUUUGCGGCUGCCGCCCCGACCUUUGCCAGGUCAUUUGUUCCAGGCCAGAUCCGAAAUGUGGGUGUCUCCUACGUGCAAAUUACCGCCUUUACGGCGUUGAGCAGCACCGUCGAGGUGGCCGUAUCCUCCGCGACCAGGGCACUGGACCGACCGGACGUUCCCUUCAUCAUCAGCAGUGUCAAACUUGCCGUCAAUAUCGUUCUUGAUCUUUUGGUUGUGUCGCCAUUUCACGUCGGACACCACAAACCCACGGUGCUGCAUCAAGCCGCCAUCCUGCUUGCUUGCAACCUCGUAUCUGCCUUGGUCGGCGUCUUGUACUUCAUCUGGCGCAACUCUUUCGUCGCCUCCAGAAUUCAUAGCUGUGGUCAGGAAUCAACCCGCCCCAACCCCCGACUCUUGCUUGUAUUGGCGCGCCCUGGUCUUUUUACCUUUAUUGAAUCCGCAAUUAGAAAUAUCCUGUACCUCUGGCUCGUCGCCAACAUUGUCUCCAUGGGAUCUACGUACGCCACGGCCUGGGGCGCGUUUAAUACAAUCCGUUGGGGUCUGAUUAUGGUACCGGUUCAGGCCCUGGAGCAAACCUCGCUCACCUUCACUGGUCAUUUAUGGGGAGCCUUUAGACACAGUAUUGGGACGUCGACUUUGCAGCCUGUCGUCAAUGACCUCCGUACAAUUUUGCCUAUAAUGCGGCCUGCUGCAGCAUCUAUCCUACUUGCCCUCAUUUUCGAAGUGCCCGUGUGCUUGUUCCUGUCUUUCUUUGGCGCCCGGCCUUUCGCACGAUACCUCUCUGGCUCGGAUGAGGUCGCCGACGUUACAGCCAUGAUGUGGCGCACUAUCGAUUGGUGCUAUAUCUUCUAUGCCAUGUCCACGCAAAUGGCCACUAUUCUACUGGCAACGAGACCGCGCUGGUAUCUGUGGCAGAGCUUGGUGAGCAACCUGCUCUAUGUGCUGCCAUGGGCGAUAGUGUGCCAGACUGCCAACCUAGAUGCAGAUCGGGCUUGGGCGUAUCACUCUUUUGUUUUUGGCGGCAGUUUGGUAUUCAGCUUCGUCGAUAUUCUACUUGUCAAUGGUCUCUGGGUCUGGGCAUUGCAGACUGGCAGGAUGAGACUAGAGCCCCUCAAGACAUAA